GUCUCUUAUAGUUGAAAGUUCACAGUCCCUCGUUCGUAACAAAGAUGGCGGCCCCCAUAGAUGACAUGUUUUCCUUCUGCGUGGAUCCCGGUAAAGUCUCAAACUCUGUCGAAGUCAGGUUAAUAGACAAGGUGAAGGGUAAGGGUCUUUUUGCUAAAAGAAGCAUCAAGAAGGGUGAGGCCAUUUUCAUUGAGCGGCCUUUGGUCUGUGCCCAAUUCCUAUGGAAUUCUUUAUAUAAAUAUAAAGCCUGUGAAUUCUGCCUGCGGGCUCUGGAGACUGCGGAGGAAAAUGCCAGGAGACUCAGUGGAAAACCUGGACUCAGUCUUCCUCACCCUGAGGUCUGCAGUGUUAAACCAGAGCUGCAUCAAGCCUGUCCGCAAUGCCAGGUGAUGUACUGCAGCAGCGAGUGCCGCCAAGCUGCAGCAGAUCAGUACCAUCGUGUUUUGUGUUUGGGUCCGUCUCAAGAAGAUCCUGAUCAUCCCCUCAACAAACUCAAAGAUGCAUGGAGGAGCAUGCAUUAUCCUCCUGAGACCAGCAGCAUCAUGCUAAUGGCCAGGAUGGUAGCUCUGGUCAAACAGGCUAAAGACAAAGCUCAGUGGAAGAAGCUUUUCUCUCACUUCUGCAGCAGGGCAGCAAAUGAGGACGAGGAGAUUGCACAUAAACUCCUGGGAGAGCAGUUCAGAGGACAGUUGUCUUUGUUACACAGUCUGUUCAGAGCAGCACUUUAUGAUGACCAUCUCAGUCGGUGGUUUGUUCCCGAGGGUUUCUGCUCUCUGUUUGCUUUGGUGGGAACCAACGGUCAGGGCAUCGGAACCAGCUCUCUGAGUCAAUGGGUUCACGCUUGUGAUGCACUUGAGCUUCCUGUCCAGCAGAGGGAGCAGUUGGAUUCCUUUAUCGAUCAGCUGUACAAGGACAUUGAAAAAGAGACAGGAGAGUUCUUAAACUGUGAAGGUUCUGGACUGUUUGUUCUUCAGAGCUCAUGUAACCACAGCUGUUCCCCAAACGCUGAAGCUUCCUUCCCGGACAACAACUUCCUGCUUCACCUCAGCGCCCUCGGCGACAUCAGUCCAGGAGAGGAGAUCUGCAUCAGUUACUUGGACUGCUGUCAGAGGGAGCGCAGCCGCCACAGCCGCCACAAAAUCCUCAGGGAGAACUACCUGUUCGUCUGCUCCUGUCCAAGGUGCGUGUCCCAGAUGGACGAGCUGGACAUGACAUCAGAGGAAGAGGAGGAGGAGGAAGAGGCAGAAGGUGAAACAGAGGGGGACGAGAUGGAAGACGAGAUGACAGAUGUUUGAUCAAAGAGCGCCGUUGUCGUGUUUGCACUCAGACGGUUCUGAUUCCUGCCGCAGUGCAGAGCAUGUGUGAAGCCCCAAGGCUGAAAAACCAGUCCUCUUUAAACCUGGACCUGAGACCUGAUCAAAUGUCCUGUCUUCAUCACCUCUCACUUUUUAUUAAACCAGGCCUGUGUUUGCAGAA